AUGUGGAGAGUUCUGUCUCUCUUGGUUGCUGUGUCUUUGGUUCCACUCGAGACAGUAGAGGCCUUGAUACUUCAGCGAAGAGAAGUGCCCGCUGUUGUGACCCUAGAUAUUAAACGCAACGAUGUGUCAGAUCCUGUAAUGAGGGACCGCGCAAGACGCAAGCGAGAUACAACCACUGUUUCUCAGGCCCUGGACAAUGAGGAAACGCUCUAUUUCUGUAAUAUAACCCUUGGAACGCCGGAACAGAGCCUACGACUGGUUUUGGACACUGGGAGCAGUGACCUUUGGUGCAACGCAGCGAAUUCUACUCUUUGCUCCUCGUCGACAGAUCCCUGCAGUACAUCCGGCACUUACGAUUCUGACAAGUCUACAACGUACACAUAUGUCUCGUCUGACUUCAAUAUAUCAUAUGCGGAUGGAACCGGUGCGGCUGGUGUUUACGCAACCGAUACUCUCCAUAUAGGUGGUUCGGCGUUGGAGGACUUCCAAUUUGGUAUCGGGUAUUCAUCAAGUUCCUCCGAGGGUGUUUUGGGCAUCGGCUAUACUUCGAAUGAGGUCCAAGUCGGCCGCUUCGGUGAUAGCGCCUAUCCUAACCUUCCUAGGGCAAUGGUGAAAAAUGGUUUGAUAAAGUCUAAUGCCUACAGCCUAUGGUUGAACGAUCUAGAUGCCAAUACGGGUUCCAUUCUUUUUGGAGGCGUGAAUACGAAGAAAUAUCACGGUGAACUACAAACCCUUCCAAUUCAGAAGGUUAAUGGCAUCUAUUCCGAAUUCAUAAUCGCUCUUACUGGAGUCGGCUUCACUUCGGGAUCAAGCAGUCGCAAUUACUCGUCAGAUGCGCUUCCGGCUGCCGUUUUGCUUGAUUCUGGUAGUUCCCUUACAUAUCUUCCAGAUUCCAUCGUCGAAGACAUCUAUAAUGAUUUCAGUGUUGUGUACGAACAAUCUUCUGGUGUUGGCUAUGUGCCUUGCAGUCUGGCACAAAACAACACUAAUAUCACCUACACUUUUUCAUCGCCUACUAUUGCUGUUGGGGUAAACGAGCUUGUUCUCGACGUGGGUGAUCUCUUAUUUCAGGACGGAGAACGCGCUUGUGUCUUUGGAAUUGUCCCCGCUGGCGAUAGUACCGCUGUCUUGGGGGACACCUUUUUACGCAGUGCGUACGUUGUCUACGAUCUAGCGAACAAUGAGAUUUCCCUCGCCAACACUAACUUUGAUGCGACUGGAAACGACAUCUUGGAAAUUGGAACGGGAGAAGACUCUGUGCCCGGUGCUACUAAAGUCGCUAAUCCUGUCACGACGGUGGCAGUUGAUGGCUCUGGUGCAAGGAUUGGUGGCCCGACUGGUGCAACUUUCACUAGCAUUCCAUCCGCAACGAGUGGGGGCCAUGCUACAGCAGGGUUGAUGGGUGCUACAAAAUUUAUAGCUUUUGCUGCUGCUGUGAUUGGGUACAUGCUGACCUUCUAA